CACAAACAAUUAUAAUGCUUUAUUUUAUCUUGUAUCCAUAUGAGAAUAUUUCACAAAAAUGAAUACUUUUGGAAUCGUAACAGCUUUAGUGGUGGCUUACAUUACUACGGUCCAAGCAACAUGUUGUAAUGGAUUUCCACCAUCUUGCUGUGGACUAGGGCCACCUUGUUACCCAACACCACCACCUGCAUGUCUUCCAGCCCUUGCAUGUCUUCCCACCCCUGCAUGUCUUCCAGCCCCACCAUGUUGUCCACCGCCACCAUGUUGUCCACCUCCACCAUGUUGUCCAGCCCCACCAUGUUGUCUAGCCCCACCAUGCUGUCCAGCCCCACCUAGUUGUCCAGCCCCACCAUGUUGUCCAGCCGCACCAUGUUGUGUAGCCCCACCAUGUUCACCAGCGUGCAUACCAGCUCCACCUAUUAGUCCUGCGACACUAGCCUCUUUAUUAGCUUCCCUUAAAUCAUCGGCACCUUUCUCGCUUCUUGCCCCACUCGCUUGCGGCGCACCUCCCUGUAGACCAGCCUGUGGGCCCACCCCAACCUUUGCUGCUACUCUGUCGGUUCCCGCACCGGCACCACAGGUCAUCGCUCCAGGACCAGCGUGUGGACCACUUUUGGUCCAAUUACCGUCAGUAGCCGGACAGUGCGCACCAAUCGUCGUUCCCGCUGGGCCAGCACCUAAUCUGCUAGUCAAGCUGAACCAAUGUCCAGCACCCGCCCCAAUCAUACUUCCAGGUUGUGCACCCGGACCUAUCAUCAUCAACGAUGGAAACGUAGUUAAGGAACAGUCUAUCACGUGCGCACCAGCUCCACAGUCGAACAAAAUAUUCUUCGCAUUGCCAGCCCCAUUACCGACUGCACCGAUCGUUUUGCCACCAGCACCAUUACCAAAAGUAUUCUUCAACCCCGGUCUGUACGUUCAAAAACCUGAUAUCGUUUAUCAGUCACCAGUUGGUUUACCACAACUGUAUAUGAUUCCGCCACCAUGCGGAUGUCCAACACCGUGCUACCCACCACCCGGUCCAUGCAACCUGCCACCAGUCCUCGCCAAGGUCCCGGCUUGCUGUUGUUAAUUGGUCAAUAGCAUAACUACACAAUCAAUAUUAUCAACAUUUACACAUUAGAAAAAGUUUUUUUCCCGUUUCCGGCACCAUCCUUUUCACUACUCGGUCAGACCAAUCCAACUACCAUAAGAUGGUUUAGUCCCGCGUAGUUACAAAUCCUUUUUUUUUUUAUAAUUUUUUUUAACCACAUUCUCUUCUUUACCUACCAUAAUAUUAUUAUAAUUAUGCACAAUUCUUUUAUAAUAGGUACUAUACAAUUAAUUGCCGUAUUAUCUUAUUAAUACACUAUUUUAAUUGGA